GAGUUCCAACCCUGACCCAGAGAGCAGAGUCUGAUUUGGAGCCUGGAAGACAAAGCCAUUUAAGGGAACCUAAACCAGAGUCCAGGAUCCCCCAAUAUAGGAGCCAAGAGAGACCCUCUUCUGCUGGCCUGAGAAUACACAUCUCUACUCUGGUUCAAUCCUCUGUCCCUCUGUUUAUGGAACAAUGAACCAGAAGACCACCCUGGUGCUCCUUGCUCUGGCUGUCAUCACCAUCUUUGCUUUGGUGUGUGUCUUGCUAGCUGGCAGGGGAAGAGAUGGGGGUGAACCCAGCAUGCCUCCCCACUGCCCCUCCAUGCCUUCCAGUGCCCAGCCCUGGACACACCCUGGUCAGAGCCAGCUGUUUGCAGACCUGAGCCGAGAGGAGCUGACGGCUGUGAUGAGCUUUCUGACGCAGCAGCUGGGGCCAGGCCUGGUGGAUGCAGCCCAGGCCCUGCCCUCGGACAACUGUGUCUUCUCGGUGGAGCUGCAGCUGCCCCCCAAGGCCGCAGCCCUGGCCCACCUGGACAGGGGGCGCCCCCCGCCUGCCCGGGAGGCACUGGCCAUCGUCUUCUUUGGCAGACAACCCCAGCCCAACGUGAGUGAGCUGGUGGUGGGACCGCUGCCCCACCCGUCCUACAUUCGGGAUGUGACCGUGGAGCGUCACGGGGGCCCCCUGCCCUAUCACCGACGCCCCGUGCUGAUCCGAGAGUACCUGGACAUAGACCAGAUGAUCUUCAACAGAGAACUGCCCCAGGUGGCUGGUCUCCUCCACCACUGCUGCUUCUACAAACGUGGAGGAAGGAACUUCGUGACGAUGAACACAGCCCCCCGGGGUUUGCAAUCAGGGGACCGGGCCACCUGGUUCGGCCUCUACUACAACAUCUCAGGGGCUGGGUUUUACCUGCACCCCGUGGGGAGUCUGGCCCACCUGGAGGACCAGUUUGAGGCCAGCCUGGUGAAUGUGGUGCUGAUCCCAGACAAUGGCACAGGUGGGUCCUGGUCCCUGAAGUCCCGAGUGCCCCCGGGUCCAGCUCCCCCUCUUCAGUUUCAUCCCCAGGGCUCCCGCUUCAGUGUCCAGGGGAGUCAAGUGGCCUCCUCACUGUGGACUUUCUCUUUUGGCCUCGGAGCUUUCAGUGGCCCAAGGAUCUUUGACAUCCGCUUCCAGGGAGCACGGCUAGCUUACGAGAUCAGCCUCCAAGAAGCCUUGGCCGUCCAUGGAGGAAAUUCUCCCGCAGCUAUGCUGACCCGCUACAUCGGUGGCAGCUUUGGCAUGGGCAAGUACUCCUCACCCCUGAUCCGCGGGGUGGACUGCCCCUAUCUGGCCACCUACGUGGACUGGCACUUCCUUCUGGAGUCACAAGCCCCCAAAACAAUACACGAUGCCUUUUGUGUGUUUGAACAGAACCAGGGCCUCCCCCUGAGGCGACACCACUCAGAUAUUCACUCCCACUAUUUCGGGGGCCUUGCGGAGACAGUGCUGGUCGUCAGAUCUGUGUCCACCAUGCUCAACUAUGACUAUGUGUGGGAUAUGGUCUUCCACCCCAACGGGGCCAUAGAAGUCAAAUUCCAUACCACGGGCUACAUCAGCUCAGCAUUCCUCUUUGGUGCUGCCCGAAAGUACGGGAACCAGGUUGGGGAGCACACGCUGGGCACCAUCCACACCCACAGUGCCCACUUCAAGGUGGAUCUGGAUGUAGGAGGACUGGAAAACUGGGUCUGGGCUGAGGACAUGGCCUUUGUCCCCAUGGCGGUACCUUGGAGCCCUGAGCACCAGAUGCAGAGGCUACAGGUGACCCGGAAGCUGCUGGAGACAGAGGAAGAGGCUGCCUUCCCCCUGGGGAGCACCUCUCCUCGCUAUCUGUACCUGGCCAGCAACCACAGCAACAAGUGGGGUCACCCUCGGGGCUACCGCAUCCAGAUGCUCAGCUUUGCCGGGGAGCCACUACCCCAGAACAGCUCUAUGGAGAGAGCCGUCAGCUGGGGGAGGUACCAGCUGGCCGUGACUCAGCAGAAGGAGGAGGAGCCCAGCAGCACCAGUAUCUUCAAUCAGAAUGACCCCUGGGCCCCCACGGUGGACUUCACUAACUUCAUCAACAAUGAGAGCAUUGCUGGAGAGGACUUGGUGGCCUGGGUGACAGCCGGUUUCCUGCACAUCCCACAUGCAGAGGAUAUUCCCAACACGGUGACUGUGGGGAAUGGUGUGGGCUUCUUCCUCCAACCCUACAACUUCUUUGACCAGGACCCCUCCUCUGACUCUGCUGACUCCAUCUACUUCCGGGAGGAUGAGGAUGCCGGGUCCUGUGAGGUCAACCCCCUAGCUUGCCUCGCCAAGGCUGCUGACUGUGCCCUUGACCUUCCUGCCUUCUCCCAUGGGGGCUUCUCUCACAACUAGGUGGUCCCUGAGAUGAGGAAAGUAAUCAGGGGCCCCAGGGCCAGAAUGUAUGGGGAUGGGGAGCAGUAGGCCCUGGAUUGGGCAGCCUGGUGCUCUCUUCUCCUUCCUCACACCCUUGAGGUCCCCUCUUCUCCCUCCCCCAAAAUCACCUCUUCCCAUCACAUUCCCUUUCGUCCCCCUCUCUACUGGGAACAUCCUGAACCUGUAUGCUGGGGACACAGGGGAGACUCAUCUUUACUGCCACCAGACCUGGGUUCCCAUCCCAGAGAGGAGAGGAAUGGCCUGCUGAGAGCUUGGAACGAUGGCCAAGCUUUUACACAGAAGACUUCCCCUUUAUUUUUAUUUCUGGCUUCCCCAAAUCUUUUUAGGCCUUCUCCAGGUUCCUCCUGGCCUGUCUAGUCCCUCCCUUGGAUCUCUGCGAUGGGGAUAGUUUCCUAGAAGCCCCAAGGCAGUGUUCAUGCCUGGCCUAUGUAUCCAUGGGUGAGCUGGCGGGGGCUUCUUGGCCUGUAUUCCCUCGUAUCCAAGACUUCCUCCUUCUUUCUCUCUUCCUCUUGCCUACUGCCUCCUCCUCCUGUUCCUACCCAUCCUUGUAUCCUGGGAUUUCCCUCCCAGCCUUGAGCAGACGUUCCUCUGCCCUGCUGCUCCUCUAGCCCUCAUUUCUCAAUUUAAGUCUCCUCUCCUGGCCCUAGGCCUGUGAAAGUCUCAAAAUGCAAGGGACAUCUAGUUUGAGAGGACAAUCCCUGUCUGUUCCCCUGUGUCUGUCACAUAUGAGGAGUAGGAGUUUCCCCCACCCCAGUCCUGGGGAGGAUGUGUUUUCUCUGUCCAUUUAUUUGUACACCCCUGCCUCACAUUCUCAGCAGAAGAUGGUCACGGACACAGCAACCAGAACUGUGUGUGACCAAUGACCUCUGUACUCUACAGCAGCUAACACGGGAGGCUGAGUAGGCACCAAGAGUGAGCAGCAGAAAGACACAGGAACUCCGGCAAGGACUGGGCCAGAGGCCAUCCAGUCUCAUAUGGGCAUGCAAGUGAGCCAGGGCUUCCUGGGGGAGGAGCCUCCCAUUAAGCCAUCCCUCCAGAGGUCUGGAUUGGGGGUGGAUGCACAAAUAGCAAGAGUUUGGAAAGACCUGAAAUGUCCUUCCCUAGAGGAUUGGUUAAAUAAAUUCUGAUACAGACUUACAAUGCAAUAAUAUGCAGCUAUAAAUAUGCAGCUAUAAAUCUCUUUGUACACUAAUAGGGAAUAAUCUUCCAGAAAAAGGCAAGGUAUAGAAGUGUGUCUAGUGCACUUCUCAUUUGUGUUUUAGAAGGGAGGAGAAGAAUAUAAAUACAUAUUUACUUAUAUAUGCAUAUUCAGAAGAAACGGGUAA